CGUUAAUCAAUCAUUCCUCUGCCCAUAGACAGCAUCCGUUUCCGUUGCUAAUUAACACUCCAUCACUUGAAGCUACAAUGGUGAGAGCUGCUGAGGUCGCAACGACCAUGGCGGCGGCACUAGUCGUGGUCAUCGCAUUGUCCACUACGCCGGCGGCAAGCGCCAUUGACUACACCGAGCAUGACCUGGCGUCGGAGGAGUCCCUGUGGGCACUGUACGAGCGUUGGUGUGCACACUACAACAUGGCGCGCGACCUCGGCGAGAAGACCCGGCGGUUCAACUUGUUCAAGGAGAACGCGCACCGCAUCUACGAGCACAACCAAGGCAAUGCGACGUACACGCUGGGCCUCAACCGCUUCAGCGACAUGACCGACGAGGAGUUCAGCCGCUCCCCGUACGGACGUUGCUUGUUUGCCCCGGUCCAGCGCAUUUCUGACGGCGAGAACGAAGAGCUCCAGCAGCAUGAGGACGUGUCGUUCAACCUCACGCACGGCGGCGCCACCGCAGCGCUGGGCCUCCCGCCGUCAGUGGACUGGCGCGGGAGGUCGGUGACGCGCGUGAAGGACCAGGGGCUCACCUGCGGGAGUUGCUGGGCCUUCGCAGCGAUCGCGGCGGUGGAGGGCAUCAACGCCAUCCGGACAUGGAGCCUGGUGACGCUGUCGGAGCAGCAGCUGGUGGACUGCGACAAUGUGGACCAUGGCUGCGCUGGUGGUUGGAUACCCUCGGCGUUGGACUUCAUCGUGAGGAACCGCGGCAUCGUGCCGGAGGGCACGUACCCGUACAUAGGCACGCAGGGCCGUUGCCGGCACGUCAUGGCCCCGCCGGUGACCAUCGACGGGUACCGGCGAGUUCUGCCGUUCGACGUGAAUGCACUGAUGUCUGCGGUGGCUGCCCAGCCUGUGGCAGUGGCGAUGGAGUCUAGCGCCUGGGCCUUCAGGCACUACCAAGGGGGCGUCUUUAAUGGGAACUGCGGGGGGAGGCUGGGUCACGCGGCGGCGGUGGUGGGGUACGGCGACGGGGCCGGCGGCCCUUUCUGGAUCGUCAAGAAUUCAUGGGGUCCCAAGUGGGGCGAGGGCGGGUACGUCCGCAUCAGCCGCAACGCGCCCAACAGGCUGGGGAUCUGCGGCAUUCUCACACAACCGUUGUACCCUGUGAAGCGCUAGGAUACCUAUUUCAAUAGCUAUUCCGGUUUGUUCGUUGGGAUAAAAAGUUUAUGUAUCGCAUGAUACAAGUAACCCGUUCCAUAAUAAUACAAUAUACUCAUAGUCACAAAUAGUGCAUAUGUACCUUAUAUG